ACAGACAACAGCGCGGGGACAGGCGCCCAAUGGAAGCAGCAACGGCGGCGGCGGCAGGAUGAGAAAGAGAAAAGGCGGGGAGAGCGGGGAGACAGAGCACAGCCAGGCCACGUACAGAAAGCGGGCCUUUUGGGGUGGGGGAAGCAAACGCGGAGCCUGCAGAGUGGAGACUAAGGCGGGGGGAGCCAGGAAUGGAAGGAAACGCGUUGCUGAGCGGGAAAGGGAGAGAGCUGCACCCGGAAGAAAGGAGAGGAGGCUUCAUUUGACUGGAGGAAGCGGAGAGCUCUAAAAAUAAGCGUGGCAAAAGAAGAGGCAAUUCCCCGCUCGCCGCUCGCGACGCCCGUUUCCUCUCCAAGCCCCUUCAGAGCUCGCCGCGCGCCCAGGCCAAAGCAGUAGCAGCGCGGCCGGCAGGCGGGGCCCGGGGAGAAGGGAGCGCGGGGCGUGAUUGACAGGCCCCGCAGCCCACCACGAGGUCGGAGGAGCGGAGAGGCCGCGGCGGGGGGCGCCGAGGUUCAGCCCAAGCGCCUAUCGGCUGCUCCGGGAGGAGGCUGUGAGUGACGAGGGGGCGGGGAGCGAGCGGAGUUUGGGCGUGUGCUGCUCGCUGCCUGGGGCUCGCCUCGCGCGCACACACACAUUGUCCAGGCUGACGACGCCGACGCCGUAGCAGCCGCCGCUCCCCGCCCUCCCGCAGCACAGAGAGCGCCUGGAUGCUGGGUGCCAAUGCGGGGAGGGCGCUGCAAGAAGGGGGCUCCGCCGCCGCCUAGGUGGAAAGUUCACCACUGCAUCGGGCCAGCGGGGAACUGACUUGGAGCAGCCAGCCGCCUGCAGGCAAACGGACACAAGGAUCUGUGGAUCUAUCCCGGGGGUCUGAUCCUCCCCCCAUGCAAACUUUGCAUUGCUCCCCACGCUGCCUUUAAAAGAAAAAAAAGCCCCACUGACUCCCCUGAGAAAAGCGCAGCUUUACUCUACUGCCUUUGCAAGGAAAGUAGCCUCGUGGUGGGGGGGACAGCAGACGGCCGCUGUGUUUUGAGGGAACCCUGAACCGGGGUUGACCAGAAGAUGACCGAGUACAAGCUGGUGGUAGUUGGGGCAGGAGGCGUAGGGAAAAGUGCUUUGACCAUUCAGCUUAUCCAGAACCAUUUUGUUGAUGAGUAUGAUCCCACGAUAGAGGAUUCCUACAGAAAGCAAGUCGUCAUUGAUGGAGAGACCUGUUUGUUAGACAUCUUGGACACAGCAGGCCAAGAAGAGUACAGUGCCAUGCGAGACCAGUACAUGCGGACAGGAGAAGGCUUCCUUUGUGUCUUUGCUAUUAACAACACCAAGUCCUUUGAAGACAUUCAUCAGUACAGGGAGCAGAUCAAGAGGGUGAAGGACUCUGAUGAUGUCCCGAUGGUAUUGGUGGGAAAUAAGUGUGACCUUCCAGCCCGGACUGUGGAAACCCGGCAAGCCCAGGAGCUGGCUCGGAGCUAUGGGAUUCCCUACAUAGAGACAUCGGCCAAGACUAGACAGGGAGUUGAAGAUGCCUUCUAUACUUUAGUGCGGGAGAUCCGGCAGCACAAACUACGCAAAUUGAAUCCCCCAGAUGAAAGUGGCCCAGGCUGCAUGAAUUGUAAAUGUGUGAUAUCAUGACUAAGCUGACCAGACUGUGACUUGGAGGGAUUUCCACUGUGUGUAGUGCAGAGACAGAGGCGACAUGAAAGAAGAAUCAAGUGGAUUCAAGGGAAGGGGACAGACGAGAUGGUGUCUGCAGGCCCCAAGAGCUCUGCACAGACUGUCUCAAAACUUCACCAAGGCCUGCAAUGAACUGUUUUUUAUUUUUAUUUUUGAAACGCUCCUCUCCUCUCCUUGCCUCCCUCCCCCUCCUGGCAACUUGUACAAAGCCACAGAUGGAAGUAAAUUAUUGUAUGAUGGUCUUGA